CUCAGUAUUUUCAGGAAAUGUACUUGGAAUGCUUUUUCUUUUCAAAAUAAUACUCAGCUCUCAACGCCUGCAAAAUGUCUGUGUGAGAUUACUAUAAAAUUGAUCCAAACAGAAACUGAUUGCAAUUACAGGAAGAUAUACUUGAACUUCCAGGAGACAAUCAUGUCAAGCUGCAAUGGGCAUUUGUGCUACGUUCAGUGCAAGCAUUGCAACACUCUUCUAGCGGUGAAUGUACCGCCUAGCAGUUUAUUACAGACAACCCCAGUGAGAUGUGGGCAUUGCACUGGUCUCUUGUCUGUCAACCUCGCUGGACUAUUUCAGCCAUUAUCAAACCAGAAACAGCAGAAGGAGGUUGUCAACUGUAGCUUUGAAAAUAGAGAGCAGUCACCUUCAUCUUCAACUACCACACAUGGAGGAGGAGUUGAACCAGAAACAUCCAGAUUUGUGUCCAUGGUCCCUGAAAAAAGACAGCGAACUCCAUCAGCCUACAAUUGUUUCAUAAGGGAGGAAAUACAAAGGAUCAAGGCAAUCAAUCCAGAUAUUAGUCACAGGGAGGCUUUUGGAACUGCUGCCAAAAAUUGGGCUUACUUGGGUUUGAUGCUGACUAACACUAACAAAGAAGUCAAUCCAAAUCAGGCUGAGUUUGAAGAUCAAGAUCCAUCUCAAAAUGCAAAUGUGCUGUAGAAGAUGAUGUGCAAAAGAUGAGGAAGAGGGGUGCUUCUCUUCCCUACUCUUCUGAUACUUUUAGAAUGUAGAAGGAUUAAACUUUUUUGAAUCUGUCUGUAUUCUAGUUCUAUUAUACUUCCUUUCUGUAGCAUAAAGUUUCUUUAGUAUAUAAAUUUACAAUCUGUUGUAAAGGUGGGUAUCUCUUUCAAAUUCAAUAGAGUAGAGAUUUAUUCA